UAGCGUUCUAAAUUAUUUUUAUACUUGAAGAAAUCAUGUCCAAAAAACACAAGAGUAAAAUUAAUGAAAGCGAAAAAAUCAAUGUUAGAGAAAAGUUAAACCACAAUGUACUUGAUCUUAGCUUGAUGAACAUUUCUAGCGUUCCGGUCGAUGAGAUUAAAACUUUGAAACGUGCAACAAUACUAGAUUUAUCAAACAAUGUUAUAAGCAUCAUAAAUACCGACUUCACUUCACUUAUACAACUUACAAAAAUAGAUUUGAGUAAAAACAAAAUUAGGUCUAUCGCUGAUGAUUUUGGUAAUCUGAUCAAUCUUCGUCAUUUAGACCUCUACGAUAAUCAAAUUGAACGACUUCCCUUAAGUUUUGGUCUUAAAAAGCUUAAAUAUCUCGAUUUGAAAAACAACCCUUUGAAUCCGGUAUUCUCAAAAAUAAUUGGUACUUGCACCGAUCAGAAAGAUUGCAUAGAAGCUGCUCGUAAAGCUGUUGCUUUUAUGGCGGAUAUUGAACAGCAGGUAAUUGAAGAUCGACGUAAAGAACGGGAACUAAGAGAGCUCAGUGAUGUGAAAAUACCGAGUGAAACUACAAAUAUCGUCGAGGACGUAAACAAGCCUGAUAAACGAAAGAAAACGAAGGCUAAGAAAAACUCGAUUGUAAACAAUGCGACGGAGGAGAUUGUAACUAAAUCGCAAACUAAAAGCAACCACGUAUCUACGACUGAAUUGAAACCCCAGAAACAGAAUGAAAGCAAGACAUGUUUGUCUAAAAUUAUCAAUUAUACCUUUUUAUUCAUAAUUUUAUCACUAGUUUGCUUUGGAUUAAUUUUUCUUCUCAAACCAGAACUUAUAAUCAAUUUUUUAUAUGUAAAUGAUAUGGACAUUUUGGAAGAGUUCAUUAAAUAAAUAAUGUUAUUGAUUGAAAA